AUGCCGUCCCUCUUCGCUAGACACCGGCAUACCCGGUCCACCGAUACCACCACAUCAAACAACCCCGCCUCCUCGACAUACCAACCCACACACCUCCGAAAACCAUCCCUGACCGAGUCUGGCCCGCCUCCAGCUGCCUCGGCUUCGGCCUCAUCAGGGUUGUUGGGGAACCUCAAGGCCAAACUCAACGCCUCGAGGGUUUCUUUGCAUGAGGACGAUCCAUCCUUGAGUAACGGUGCGAAUGGGGGGAAGAGGAGAUUCUCGAUCGGACAAGCUUUCGCAUCCGGGAACGGCACCAAGGACGGUCAGGAUUACAACGCAGGGAGGAGGAACUCUAUCGCUCUCGUCAGCGAAGUUCCCGAUUCUCCCCCAGCCCCUAACCGAGCCAACUACCCGCCGGGAACCAAGAUCAUGCCGACUCCCCCACGGAAUAGCGUCCUAGGAACUUCCGGGUUGGAGGCGGAUGAGAACCGACGACGACGAGAAUCGACGGAUCUUUUGGAUGUGGAUCAUGCUCAAGAUCGAGCUCGAGGGCCAGGUUCUCCAAUCAAGCCUGUGGCACAAGACGGAUCGAGAGGUGCUGCAGGACUGGACGCUUGGAAACCUCUUGUUCCGGAUAACAAGGGUGUCCCACUCAACUCCCCUCCUACGUCGCCGCCUAUGCCUACCACACCACUGCGAACCAACCCCAACGCGACUACGCCCGUGUCUAGCCCGCUGUCGACCCUCCACACAGCCUCUCCUCGAAGCACUCGGGCUGCACCGGGCCGAAUCGCUUUACCUCCACCAGGUCUCGUCUCGCGGAAAUCCACCGCGUCACACGGGAUGGGACUAUCCAUCGUACCCUCCACUCCUUUACCUCAACGGAUCGCCAACCUUCCUACUCUGAACGGGAGUACAAGUGCGAGCGGCGGUGGCGUCUCUGAAUCGUCCACUCCUGGAGGAUAUGGGUUCCCGAGUGCGGCUGGUGCAGGACCCGCUGGUUCGAGGCCUGGAAGCGGGCAUGGUGGUGGUACGACCAGCCUGCAGAGCUCACCAGGCGCCAUGACGAGGACUGCAUCAGAGCAUAGGUGGGCGAAAAAGGCCAUGCCCGUCAUGCUCAGAGAACCUUCUCACCGCCCCGCUCCUCCCGUUAUAGCUUCUCCCGAGCAGGAAGGAUCCGACGACUCGGACUCGCAAGAGUCGAGCGAGUCUGAAUCCGGGUCUGACGAUGACGAGGACGACAGCAGCGAGGAGGGUGGCGCGACGUCUACUGCCACUCGUGCUGUCGAACAUCGCGGCCUGCUCGGACGCAGGGAGAGGGUGGAUUCGAUCCACGAAGAACCGGAAGAGGAUCAACAGGGCUCUCCGAGCCAGUCGAGUCGACGUCAAUUACCUCCCCUGUCCAUUCCGGAUCGCCGUCAACUCGUCGCCCCGCAGCUCGAUGGACUGCCUGAGAACCCGAUGGAAACGCAAGCUUCUGGCUCGCAACCGUCGAUGCAAUCCCGGACGUCGUCGUCUUCCUGGGCACUUCCCACCCCGAAGACACCCGGUGCCAACCAAUUUUUCGCUGGUGGAGGUGGAUGGACGCAGUUUGGUGCUGCCACACCGACGAUUGGGACCCCAAUGGGUUCUCCUUCUGCCAAGUCGCCCGGUCGAGCCGCGCUGGGAGCGUUCAAUAUGCCUAACGGGGUGGCCAAAGCGGCGGCUUUGUCGAGGAACCAAACGCCUGCUGCAGGUAUCAAGGUCGGGGAGACGUCAUACUUUGACACCGCCAGGCCGGCAACGGACGGGAAUGCCACGCCAACGCCGACUUCUGCUAGACCUCCAAAUGUCGACGACGAUGAGGUCGAAGAAGUCACCACGCCUCGAGCUGAGGAGCCCGAACUAGCCUUUUCGGAAGAAGCUCAAUCUGCUACCGCUGCUCCUGCUUUGCCUCUGGACCUGUCCAACCUACCUGGCAUGAUUCCGGCCACCCAGGAUGACCAAGUCUCUUCUCCCUUGCGCGAAACGUUGCGCUCGCAAGAAUCCUUGUCAGGCAGUCGGCCGACGACCCCGCUUACUUCUCGUCCGAGGAUGCUGACGCACAAGUCUCGGAGCAUGGUCGAUUUGUCUGCCGCGGCGUCCUCGUCGUGGCGAGAGCCAGAGGCGCCCAUCUCCCGUCGAGGCUCUGAUGAGGCUGAGGAAGAAGAAGAGCUGGCAGAUACGCCAUCGCCCGCAGAACAGACGAAUCGUACUGAAAUCUCUCCUGUGGGGAUGAUCCCGAUUGGCGAGAGCUUGCGGCAGUACAACCCUUCGCCUGCACCUAGCGCCAGAUCCUCCGCCGAUUGGGCUCGACCCCCUCCCACUCCCGGGAUCGGCAUGACCCAACCGUUCCGGUUUGGAACCGGUGGUAUGACCAGCGGGACGUCGACCCCGGUCACAUCCCCCAAAAAGACCGUUCUGCAGCGUCAGAUGUCAGAGGCCCGUGGAUCCCCUUUGAAGCGCAGGCGAUCGCUCGACGACACGCGUGUCAAGCCGCCCAAGUAUGAACCUCCCGAGCCUGGUUCGCGGAUCCCAAGGCCUAGGGAAGAGGAAGGUCGAGAGAACUUACCUGAAUACUGGUGUCACGUACACAUCGAAGGUUAUUUGCCCCGAAAGAUGGAGUUCUCAGCACCAGGUGUGCAAGCACGAGACAGGAGUUGGAAACGCCUCUACUUUGUCUUGCACGGAACCUCGCUGCGGGUCUUCAAGCACGACGUCAACAAGAUCCCGUUCAAGGCCGGAUCUAUCUCGAUCCCUGAGAUCUCCGAAGCCGAUUUGGCCAACUUGCAUGUACAUAAACCGGGCGAGAGGCGAGAAUCGGUCACCGCCACUCCGGCAGCUCGUCCAGGCGCUCCUGCCGCUCCGACUGGUCGUCGCGGUUCCCUCGUCGAAGGCAGCGUUAACGCUCCUACGGGAAGACGAGGCUCAUUGCCCGGAGACCCUGAUGCCAUCACUCCGGCCGGUCGACGUCCUUCCCAAAGUUCGGUCGGAUCCAGCGUCGCGGCGAGCACAACAACGACUGCUACGACGUCGAGCGAAAAGGAAAUGUUCUUGUUCCAACCCGCCUCCCAGGCUACCCAGGCGAGACGAGCUAGUAUGAGCGUACCUCCUCCCGCACCCUCAAGCGGGAUCAACGCUAGGGAGAACAUCGCCUCGCAUUUGCCUUUUGGCGGCGGGAACGCGCUCGUCAAGCAAUAUUCGUUGCAAAACGCCGAGAGCGGGUUGGCUGCGGAUUACGUCAAGAAGCGAAACGUCGUGCGGGUCCGUGCGGAGGGUGAACAGUUCUUGUUGCAAACCGAUAGCGCAAAGGACGUGGUCGACUGGAUCGAGGCCUUCCAAGCGGCGACCAACGUCUCGCUCGAGCUGGAUACCCGACCGAUGCCAAAGAUUAUCACUCUGCCUCGACGAAGGAGGAGGAGAAGGCCCGGCGAGGGACCUGCCAACGCUGCUGCCGGCCAGCCGGGUGUCGCGGAGAACGACGAUACGCCUGAAGGUAAUGCCCGCGCGGUGGAACAAGCCGAACGAGCUGCAGCGGCUGCGGCUGCCCGGGAAACGAAUUCUCGCAACGUCAAUGCCAUGGAGGCCAUGUUAGCCGAGGACCAAGCGGCCGCCUAG